AUGGCCUCGUCCUCGGCCUUAAGGCCGACCAUGCUGGCGCUUGGUCUAACACUUGGUGUUCCAGCCAUGCUCUAUUUCAGCAUACUGGGGGCGUUAGUUAUUGCACCUUCACUUCAGGCUCAUGCGAUCUAUCUCCACAAAGUUACCUUGACAUGGUUCAAGGAUUUAAAUACACCAGAGCAAUUCGGGUUCGCUCAUCACCAAGUUACACCCUUCUACAUAUCGACUGCCGAUGGUAUCAAGCUACACUCUUGGCAUGUGCUGCCUUUGGCGACGUAUGAGGCGCACCAACAAGAACUGAUUGCACAAGGACCCGAGGCUGGCCUGGUUGAGAACUUUGAGGAUACUAUCAACUUCCAUUUGCUGAAAGAAAACCCAAAUUCUCGAUUGGUCCUCUACUUCCAUGGCACCAGUGGCACAAUGGCCAGUGGUUGGCGCCCUGACAGCUACCGUUUUCUCUACUCGGCUGACCCUACAAAUACCCAUGUUCUAACAUUCGACUACCGUGGAUACGGAGAGUCGACUGGCUCUCCCAGCGAGAGAGGCAUCAUCACAGAUGCUACUACCGUAGCCAACUGGGCCAUCCACACUGCUGGUAUUCCGCCUGAGCGGAUCGUAAUCUUUGGUCAAAGCCUGGGCUCUGCAGUAGCCAUUGCAGUCGUCAAUGAGCUGGCUCAGAAAGAGCCUUCAGUUCAUUUUGCCGGACUCGUCGUUACAGCAACGUUUGCAGAUAUUCCUCAGUUGUCGGCCACAUAUCGCAUCGGCGGGUUCAUUCCAGUGCUUUCACCAGUAGCCAAGGUGAAGCCACUCUUUGCCUUUUUCGCGCGCCGGCUUUCAAGUACCUGGGAUAAUAUGCAGAGACUGGGCGAGUUUGUCAAGUCGGCUGAGAAGUACGACAUCACCCUUUUGCAUGCUCAAGACGAUACGGAUAUUCCCAUGGAACAUUCCGUUAAACUCUACAGGGAAGCUGUCCGAAUGGCGGAGAAUGCGGACAAUUUGACAGAGGAUGAGGGAGCACUGCUCCUCAGGGUAGACAAAAACGAGCAAAGCCGUGGAGAAGGUGGUUCAAUAACUGUCUGUGCCACCAGGAAAGGUGAUAUACGACUAGAGAUCUUGAAGUAUGGAGUACAUGACAAGAUCAUGUCCUAUCCUGCGACUGGUCUAGCCAUCAGCAGAGCAUUUGCUUCUGGAAACACAAAGGCCUCUACGCCGCCAUGA